AUGUUAGAUUGACCCUUUCCACAGAUGAAACACCAAGAAAAACCACCAGAAGAAAAUCUAACUGAAUUGAUAGAAUUUGUUCUCUUGGACUUUGUUGAUGUCCCCGCUCUCCAGUGGCUUCUAUUUGGGUUGUUCUUAGUCAUCUAUAUCAUUAUUGUAAUGAGUAACGGCAUCAUAUUUCUAAUAACAAAACUGGAUCCUGCUCUCCAGACCCCUAUGUACUUCUUCCUAGGCAAUUUGUCCUUUUUGGAAAUCUGCUAUGUUUCGGUUACUCUCCCCAGAAUGCUUAUGAACCUUUCGACCCAGAGAAGAACUAUUUCUUUAGUUGCAUGUGCUACACAAAUGUGUUGUGUUCUUGUGUUGGGAGCCGCAGAGUGCCUCCUUCUGACGGUGAUGGCCUAUGACCGUUGUGUGGCCAUUUGUAACCCUCUGCACUACCCUCUAGUCAUGAGUCACAAAGUUUGCAUCCAGCUGGUGGCUGGCUCCUGGAUCAGUGGGAUUCCAGUCCAGAUAGGGCAGACGUUCCAGAUUUUCUCUCUGCCCUUUUGUGGCUCUCAUUUAAUUGACCACUUCUUCUGUGACAUCCCCCCAAUACUCAAGCUUGCUUGUGGGGACACCUUUGUGAAUGAAAUGAUGGUCUACAUGGUUGCUGUGUUGAUUGUCACAGUUCCCUUUCUGUUGAUACUCGUGUCCUAUGGCAAAAUCAUCUCCACAAUCCUUAAACUGCCGUCAGCCACUGGUCGGGCCAGAGCCUUCUCUACCUGUUCAUCUCAUCUUACAGCUGUGGCAUUGUUCUUCGGAUCAGCCAUUAUUACCUACUUAAGACCCAAAACCAGUCACUCAGCAGGAAUGGACAAAGCACUUUCUCUUUCCUACACUAUUGUGACUCCAAUGUUUAAUCCCCUCAUAUACAGUCUAAGGAACAAGGAAGUCAUAGCGGCAUUGAGAAAAUUGCUAUGUAAAUAA